UUAGAGACCAGAUUGUUUAUUCUUCUCGCAGUGAGGAACUAUCGCCACCGAAAGAAUGUUUCUUUGAAAGAACUACUUGAAAUCUCUUAGAACUGCAAAAGUGUGGGAUGAUUUGAUAUCAACCUAUUUGUUUUUCUUGGGAUCGAAUAAGACUUUACCUAAAACACUGAAUGUAGUAGCGCCAUGUUUGAAAGAGCGUUAUGGAUUGUACUGUAUAUGGUUCUUCGAUUGCAGUUUUCACUAACUUGUCCUCGUCAAUGUAGAUGUCCUAGUAGAGAUCCAGCAAAAGGUCUUUUUGUGAAGUGCGAAGGGAGUGGUUUCAGGGAAAUCAGUUUAUCGCCAGACUCACUGAGAAACGUUUCUGUCCUAAACCUAAGGAAUAACCAAAUUACGUCUGUUCCGACAAAAGCAUUUGGAAUGCAAAGAUCUCUUAAAAAAYUGUAUUUGUCAAGAAAUAAGAUAAGGUCACUAAAGAAUGGUUCUUUUACAGGACUGACUAGACUAAACAAGUUGGAAAUCUCUCAUAAUGAUCUUUUAACUCUUUCUGAAGAACCUUUUAAAGGUCUGAAAUCUCUUAGGUUUCUAGAUCUCAGUCACAAUAAUCUGAACUUUAUUAAUGGAACUGUGUUCAAAGGACUCAAAAGAUUGCAAAAAUUGAUACUGUCAUAUAACAAGUUCAUUAUCAUACCUGAGGCAACGUUAAAACCUCUUCAGUCACUCACUCUUCUGAAUCUAGAGUACAACGACUUGCUGUGUGACUGUCAUAUUAAAUGGCUGUUAAAAAUGAAAAAGUUAAAAAGAAGUCUCACUGGCACGUGUCAAUAUCCUGAACCAUUAAAGAACAUAAAACUGAAAGAAAAUACCCCAAAAGAUAUGAGAUGUGUGACACUUACCCUACCAUACUAUGAGUUCAAACCAACCAAUGACGAGGUAGCUAUUAAAGGAGAUAGCUUUACAUUUACAUGUGGAACGACAUGGAUUCCUGUACUCGAGAUUAAYUGGUACAAAGACGACCAGAAACUGAUUCCUCACUCUUUGAAUAAAACUCGAACAGCUAUCGAUUUUAAAUUUGACGUUAAAGCUGCAAGACUUGUUAGUACUUUAAAAUUGGAAUCGUUAUCGUUGGGAGAUAGUGGGGUGUAUAGAUGCACUGUAUCGAGUGACAAGACCCUUGUUAGCGGAGAAUCUGUAUUGAAGGUUCUGSCCGGUGGAUCAAAGUUUUGCCAUUCAGAUGUUACCAAGACAUCAAAAGGAAUAUUCCAGUGGGAUAAUACAGAUCUUGGAGUAGUCGCUCGUUUGCCUUGUCCAGCGGGAGUCUUACGAAGGUUUAGGAGCUUUAAGAGUCAAGGUUAUGCUUACAGAAAAUGUGGGCGAGGUGGUCGAUGGCAAGAUGUUGAAGGAAAUGAAUGCGCUUACGUCGAUAAAGUCACWCAAAAACUGUAUAACCUUAAACAGUUUCCAGCCAACUCUACUACAGUUCUAGCGAUCUGCAAUGCGCUGUAUACUAUAACUAUGAACUCUUCGGCCGUCAAGUCGGAUAUCGACGUAUCAUAUGUAGCCAGCAUUCUAGAAAGUCUCAGGCCAUUUAUGGGUGCUAACAAGAAGGUCGGUGAAGUUGUUGUACGUGUUAUCAGUAAAAUGAUGGAUGUAGACCAACAUAUUCUUGCCACUGCACAGCUCAAAUCAAAAGCGUGCUCGAGCUUUGUGUUAGUUCUGGAAGUUUUAGCCAACUCAAACUUGGAUGGGACGCGCUUUAUAUCAGACAAUAUAGGAAUGAUCAUUGUAUCAGUUAUCCGCGCAAACUUUAAAGGAGCAACCUGCGAUGCUAGGCUUGAUGAAAAUGGUAGUCUGAAUUCCAUACGAUGCAACCAUCCUUGGAAGAAUGCUUCGUUAUUUUCUCCAAAGCAUCUGGAGGCAUCAGUGCAUCUUCCGAAAUCAAUUUUCGCUGGCCAAGCGCAAGUAAUAGCCGAGUUAAACCUGAAGUUUAUGGUAUAUACGAACAGUAAAUUAUUCCCUCACAUUGUCAACGGUACGCUAGUGCCAAAUCCUCGCGUUUAUACAAGCGUUAUUAAUUUUCAAUUAGGACAAUUAUCUCUGGACAAUUUGACUGAACCCAUCGCUAUCAAGUACAGUAAUCAUGAGCAUAGUGAAAAAUACCCUCCAGUUGCUGUAUACUGGGAUCCCAAUAAGAAAGGGGGAAUAGGAUUGUGGGUAGAGAAUAAAGAUUGCAGAAUUACUAAAGCUCAAAACAUCUCAAUAUCGUACUGCAAAGGAUUGGCUGAUAAGAGCUAUUUUGCUCUGUUAAUGUCCUUCGUAAAAAGACUACCACCUUUAGCAGCUAAGCAUGAGAUAGGUGUAGCAUUGGAAGUAAUGGCAUACGUUGGUGCUGGUCUGUGUGCGAUUCUACUAUUGAUUACCUUUAUCACUUAUGCUGUAUUCAGAAAGUUACGUUACAAUCGUGAUGAUGCCGCUAUGCUUAUGAACCUGUGCCUGGCUCUUUUAGUGUCGGUGAUGCUGUUCGCUGUUGGCAUUUAUCACGUGGGCAACACGUUGAUGUGUCGUGCUGUUGGAGURCUAUUGCAUUAUUUCGUGCUGUGUUCUCUCCUCUGGGUGGGCUGUGGUGCACUUUGUCUAUGUCGUAUGCUCCGUACUGCUGUUACUCCAGAAGAGUUCAAUCCUGUKUUGCGUUACUAUAUGACAAGUUGGGGUAUUCCCCUUAUAAUUUGUGGAAUCACGGUUGCUGGAAAUCCUGAUAAUUACAGCGUUGAAAAUGUCUGUUGGCUGAGGMGAAACCCCUUCUUUGGUGCUUUUGUUGGGCCUGCAUGUCUAGUGAUUCUAAUUGAUAUUAUACUCUAUAUCCGACUCAAUAACGUGAUUUAUAGCACAUACAGUAUCAUCGAAUUGGGUGCAUGUACAUCGCCCUUAGAGGAAGCCAGUACUACGGAAGAYGAACAAUUACCUGAAGGCGUUACAUCCAAAAGUGAGCUCUUGCAACACUUGAACGAAGUUCUUCCGGAGAAGAGUGAUAUUUUCUUGUACCAAAAGGGAAGUUUACUCGUGCUUGUCUUAAUUGUCAUCAAUUUCGCCCUGGCGCUUUUGCUUGUCAUCUAUAACGAAUCAAGAUCUUUAUAUUUGGUCUUGAACUGUGUGUAUGCCGUUGGGAAUGUUUGCCUAGGUGCUGCCAUCUUUGUAUUUCAUUGUUUAAAGAAGGCCAACGUUAAAAAGUUUUGGGUAGACUGUUUCAGGUCAUGCUUUCGUAAAAACAAGAAUUAUUUGGUUGAUCAAGAAGUUAUUCCUCAUACUGAUUCGACGUCGGAUAAACCCAGURUUUCGCUAAUGAACGGGGAAACUCCCAGGAAUAACGGCGCCCCUGCUAAUUCAAUACCAAGAAUUUACGGAGCUCCAAUCGAACCAGGAUGCUCUGAUAUUCAAUCAAAUGUAUCUUUGCCAUCAUCUGCUGCGUUAACUAUCAAUGAUCUUCCUAUAAAUAUUGUCAAAUGCUUACCCCGUAACGGAGAUGUCCAACCAAAGAAACCGAGWUCUCCACCAGGCUCAGAUAAACACUCGAUAUCUACAUCAAUGUCGGACAAACAGUCGUGCGUUUCUGCACCAUUGCCUCUCAGUCAUACACAACCGGGCCUUAACGAUCAGCAACCACCACGUUACAGCUACUGCUUUGCUGAUUCAGCCACUAAAAAGAAAAAGAAGAAAACGAGAACUCGAGCGCCUUUAGCGUUCCCAGACAAAAAUGGAAUAUCUAGUUCAAGAGAAUCUGGUCUUAGAGCUCAAAAAGAAGUGCAGUCAAUGCACCGUCCGCUAGAAAAUCAUACCUCGAUACCUGAGAGGGAUGCUUUUGAAAGUGCUCYAUCUGAGUUGUCGUSCGUAAGAGAACCAGCAAGUUAUUUAGAAACUCCAGUUCCUUAUUCGUCUUGUGCUUCUUCGGAUGUUUCURUCCCGUUACCCRUUACUAUGACAUCUAGACCCCCAAUACCUGGGGCAAACGAUGUCAGGAAUUCAGCUCCUAGUACCGGAGGAUAUCCGCCUACUGGAUAUUCGGUUGCAGGAGCUUAUCAGGGUACAAGACCUUACCAAAGGUACCUGGCUCACCCAGGUAGUAAAGGUUGUCAUGGUCAAACGCGAACCAUCGGUCAAUCAAGUAACAACGGUCAGCCGGGCUCCGGAAAUCAUCAAACUGCUGGAGUUUACCCCAAUCAUAGUCAACGGCCAAUAUAUGGCCCAGCAAAUUUCGACUUUUUAAGAAAUCCAGACUAUCCUUCGCUUCCGAAUACAAUUCCCGAAGAACGGUAUGUGUCCAUACCUAAAUGUCCUAACGGCCGUGUUGGACAUAGACAGAGUGAAAGUGAUCACGUUUAUGAGUCAAUCGAUGAGCAACAAAAUGACGAGGAGGCCACGAUAGAUGGCGCCGCUAAAACGAUUGCAUCACAUAAUGGACAAAAUGGGCCGAGUAAGCCUGAAAACGAUGUAACAGAUUCUGAAAACACUUCUCUUUUAGGGCCCCCACAGGGUGCACAGACGGUUAACGGUCUUAAUCUUCCUCGUCGUAAAGCAAGACAACGUUACGAUAAAUCUAGAACUAGACGAUACCGAGACGGUGCAGGAAGACGAAAAGACACAUCUCGUUCCGGGGCUACUCGGUCAUCAGCAACKUCGUUAAAGAGUGAACGAAUAAAACCUGAGCCGAAGGAGUGGAUUCCCGACACGGUUCCUCGCAUGGCAUACGUUCCUAUYCCAUAUUUAMUGGAGAAAAAGGAAACUCGGAACGAAACGAGCGUCUAAAAUCAUAUAUGUUCUUAUAACAUUUUUAUAUUUUAACUGAACAUUCUGAUUUGACACUGAAUGAACCUCUUAAUUUGGAUAGGAAACCGUCGUUAUACUGGGGCUAGUUCAGUUGGAAAGGGUCGGUAUUAUAGUGGCUAGUCCAGGUGUGAGUGAGAAGUAGUUACCUUUAGGAAUAAAAAUAACUCAUUCUCACACCGUAUUUAUAUCAAAGGACACAUGAGGCCGUUCAUUGUGAAGCUAACUAACAGAUAUUGAAAGCCGUUACAUUUGCGAAUGUGCUUUCCAAAUUCAGCGGACAAUGAAUAAUAAAGAUAUAAUCCAAUAUGUCUAUGUA